AUGAAGAUGCUUCUGUUUGGGCUGCUGUUUGGCCUGGCAUACGUGGAGUUGGCCCAGUCCCUACAAUGUUACACGUGCAAGGAGCCAACGGACAUCGCUAAGUGCAGAACACCUACCCUGUGCCCCCCAAAAGCCACCGUCUGCACAACAACGUUGCACUCCGUAGACUUAGGUUACCCCUUUUUUGGUAACAUCACCGUGACCAGAAGCUGUGAGGAGGAAUGCCUCUCCUAUGAUGGGAUAGGGGCGAGCAAACCCAAGACAUGCUGCUACACCGACCUCUGCACUGAUGACACCAGGAGCAGCAAUGGGGUGGAAAGCAGUUCUGCAGCACUGAGUUUGAUGACCUUGGCUGCUGGCAUGCUUCUCCAGUGCGCUCUGUAA